UAAUUUUUCAGAAGUUACUAAACUUCCAAAUUUAAAAGUUUUAGGUCUUGUUUUAGGUUUUUCUUCUGUUAAUGAUGUUUUCAUAAAUAGAUAUUUCAUAAUUGUUGAUAAAGUUGAUAUACCUGUAUACUCAAAAACUUUAAUAUGUUCACAUAAUUGCUGA